AUGCCCGCGCUCGUCCUCGGCGUCGCGCCCGGCCUCCUCGGGGAGCCGCGCGGGUUGGGCGCGCUCCCAGGCGCAUUCCUGGCCGGGCAGCCCCUCCUCCUCGGCCUUGGCCAAGGGGCUGGCGCCUCCCCGCCUCGCUGCGAUUGUCUCGUGCGGGCGGCUGCGGACGCUCCUGGACGCUGCGGCUGCAGGUCUGCGCGCGGCGCACCUGGACCCGGGACUGCGCCUCCCGAGCGCGGCGGGCCCGGCUGCGCUCCGGGGCUCCCGCCUCCCUCCCUGCCCGAGCCGCUCGGGGCCGCGCGGAGCCCCGCUCCCCGCAGGGGCGGCUGCGGCUGCGGCUUGGGACAACCUCGGCAGGGAAGGCAAAGUUAUUUCCCCUUCCCAAGCAGAAAGGUUCCGAUUGGCAAGAUGGUGCCCAACUGUCCCCGCGCGCUCUUCCUCCUGCUGCUUUUCCUCGCCUGCCCCGAAUCGCGGGCUUCCCAGAACUGUCUCAACAAACAGCAGCUCCUCUCGGCCAUCCGCCAGCUGCAGCAGCUACUCAAGGGCCAAGAGACACGCUUCGCCGAGGGCGUCCGUCACAUGAAGAGCCGGCUGGUGGCGCUGCAGAGCUCUGUGAGCAGAGCGGGCCCGGACACGCCCCCAGUUUCCUGCCCUGCUCUGAGCACCCCUCCAGAUGGCAGAAAGUUUGGGAGCAAGUACUUAGUGGAUCACGAAGUCCAUUUUACCUGCAACGCUGGCUUCCGGCUGGUUGGGCCCAGCAGCGUGGUGUGUCUUCCCAACGGCACCUGGACGGGAGAGCAGCCCCGCUGUAGAGGUAUCAGCGAAUGCUCCAGCCAGCCUUGUCAGAAUGGUGGCACAUGUGUGGAAGGUGUCAACCAGUACAAAUGCAUUUGUCCUCCGGGAAGGACGGGGAGCCGCUGUCAGCAUCACGCCCAGACCGUCGCCCUCGAGGGCAGCGAAGCGGGGGACCCUGCCUUCAGCCGCGCGCCGCGAUGCGCGCAGGUGGAGCGGACGCAGCACUGCAGCUGCGAGGCCGGAUUCCACCUGAGCGGCGCCGCCGGGGACAGCGUCUGCCAAGAUGUGAAUGAAUGCGAGCUCUACGGACAGGAGGGGCGCUCCCGGCUCUGCAUGCACGCCUGCGUGAACACCCCCGGCUCCUACCGCUGUGCCUGCCCCAGCGGAUACCGGACCCUGGCCGAUGGCAAGAGCUGUGAGGAUGUCGAUGAGUGUGUGAGCCCGCAGCACGUGUGCCCCCGGGGUACCGUGUGCAUCAAUACGGGUGGAGGCUUCCAGUGCGUCAGCCCCGAGUGCCCCGAGGGCAGCGGCAACGUGAGCUACGUGAAGACCUCUCCGUUCCAGUGUGAACGGAACCCCUGCCCCAUGGACAGCAGGCCCUGCCGCCACAUGCCCAAGACCAUCUCCUUCCAUUACCUCUCUCUGCCCUCCAACCUGAAGACGCCCAUCACGCUCUUCCGCAUGGCCACGGCCUCAGCCCCCGGCCGGCCUGGACCCAACAGCCUGCGAUUUGGGAUCGUGGGUGGGAACAGCCGCGGCCACUUUGUAAUGCAGCGCUCGGACCGCCAGACGGGGGAGCUGAUCCUGGUCCAGACCCUGGAGGGACCUCAGACACUGGAGGUGGAUGUUGACAUGUCCGAAUACCUGGACCGCUCCUUCCAGGCCAACCACGUGUCCAAGGUCACCAUCUUUGUGUCCCCUUAUGACUUCUGAGGGUGCCAUGGGGUCACGGUGCGCAGCAAUCUGGGCUCAUUUCUCUUCCUCAAAGACU